UCAGUUUGGACGUUCCCUGAACCGUUUCGUUGGCUGUCAAACGCCGAGAGCUCGGUUCCACUCCUCCUCAACCGGAGCUUCUCGCACAGCCACAGUCCGAGGAGGCCAUUCUUUGCGCUUUCCCUUCCUCCAUCUCGAUAACAAAUCCCGGUGACUCGUCCGCUUAACCCUUACAGUCGGUCACCGGAGAGAUAUCCUUUCAGCGAUGGCAUCGUCUCUCUGCCUCUCUCCCAUUCCCCACCUUAAUUCUCGCCACCGGCACGCCUCCCGGUGGCCGCCUCUCCGUAAAUCUUGCGAUUUCCGGCGUUACGGCAGGAAGCCCAGCUCGCCUGCGAGCGACGGGGACACCCAGUCGGAGAAUGCGGUGCUCAGGAUGGCGUGGUACGGCUCGGAGCUCCUGGGGAUCGCCGCCUCCUUCUUCCGGCCUGCUCCCCCGACGGCCCCGGUUGAAGAUCUCGUCGGAGAUGGGGAUGGACUGGGGUCGAUGACUCGUGCACAAGUGGUGGAGGCCAUCAAAGAAGACUUCCAGCGCUCCUACUUCGUCACAGGAAAUUUGACCGUCAAUGCUUAUGAAGAAGACUGUGAAUUUGCUGACCCAGCAGGUUCUUUCAGAGGUCUCCAGCGUUUUAAAAGAAAUUGUUCAAAUUUUGGAUUACUGCUCGAAAGUUCUAAUAUGAAACUCAAAGAGUGGGAGGACUUUGAGGAUAAGUCAAUCGGUCAUUGGCGUUUUAGCAGCAUCAUGUCAUUUCCUUGGAGGCCUAUCCUUUCUGCUACCGGGUACACAGAGUACUACUUUGAUGCUCAAUCAGGGAGAGUGUGCAGGCAUGUGGAACAUUGGAAUGUUCCAAAGAUGGCGCUUCUUAAGCAAAUAUUGAGGCCAAGCCGCUGGGUAUGGGAAAAACAGUGAAGACCUUCAACUAUCAGGUGCAUGUCCAACCACUCAAAUAAUGAUUUGCUGUAAAUACAAAGGUGUGAUCAAGAAUGUGUUAACAUGAAGCUGAAAUAAUGCAUGUUUGUGCCUGGUAGAGCAAAAAGGGUUGGUGCAUGAAAUGGCAUUUUGUUUAGACCACCAAAGAAGAGAGGAUUGUGACAUUCUACUAGGCCAUUAAUGUACAAGAAUGAGAAUCUACUGUGAAAGCCUUUGGAUAUUUUAAAUAUGACUGGACUUUGUGGUA